AUGCGGCCACUGACCUACCAACUGUCGCUAUCGACCAAGCUCUGCUUGAAAUACCAUAGAACUCAACAUGUGAUGAUUGGUGAAAAGCCUCGCCCUCGGAGAACAGAGACUCGCAGGCUGCAGCAGUCUAGGAAGAUGAACGGUUCUGAUUUCACCUCAGGGCUCCUAUGCCAUGGACCUAUGACAUUCUUUCUUAAUGUCAUGUCCUCAAACUAUAGAGAUAAAGUCAUAUUCCAGCUUGGAAUUAUCUCUCAACUCAAAGGAAAAGCUUCUGCUUGCCACGCCUCAAAUUCAUCACCCGAAAUCCCGAGCUGGUCUUGCUACGGCUAUUUCUCUCUCCAUACGUGGCCAAGGCAACGUGAUCACAUCAUCUACACAUCUCACUUUAACGAAGCGCGCGGCUUCAAGAAGACUGAUAUCAAACUCCUGGAAUAA